AUGGCCCCCACGGAAAUUAAGGGCUUUCAUGUCCUCAAAGUGAGGCUACCGGAGAGUAACGGUUCACAUUAUGUGUACUUUCGCAAGCACGAGGUCAAGCCGGGCCAAACUCCUGCUGCACUUAACUUGUCUGGCAGACUGAUGUUCUUAUUCAAUAUCCCCAUCGAAACAGACUUCGCCACUUUGAAAAAAUACUUCCAGCAAGUUGCUAUUGGUGCCACCAUGGAGGGUUAUAUUCCUAGUGCGCUCACAGACUCUGAGGAAGACGCCUAUGUGGACCUUACCAAGUUGACGUCUGACUUGGAGUAUCUGAGCGAUGCGAAUGUGAUGGAGGUGGCACUGAAGUUGCCCAAGUUGUGUGGCAUCGUCACUUUUGUUGACAAGGCUGCAUUGCAACUUGCAUUCAAUUCAUUGAAGAAGUUGUCAGGCGAUUCCAAGAGUACCAACUGGCCACUCCAGACUCUUGGAACUACGUUCUUGCGCAACAAAUACAGGGAACAGAUUUACGACACCAAGAAGUUUUCGGACUCAGUGGCUGCCGCCCUUGCAGAUUUUAACAGAGCGGAGCAGGAGUCCAAGGAAGAAUUACAGAAACUGACGCAAAUUGUCGAUGAGGAUGGUUUCACCUUGGUUGUUGGAUCUCAUAGAAAGACAAAGGCAGGUAUUUUAGGUAAACAGAAGUUUGCUGCAACUGUCGAAAGCGAGAAGGCUGCUAAGAAGAUGAAGAAGAAGGAGAAGGAGGAUUUCUACCGCUUCCAGUUGAGAGAAAAGAAGAAGGCCGAGAUGAACGACUUAUUACGCAAGUUCAAGCAUGACCAGGAGAGAGUGCGUAUCAUGAAGGAGAAGAAGAGAUUCAGACCUUACUAG